AUGCAAACAGUGGACAUCUUUCGUAAAUACCCGAAUCGUUAUGAGAGUAUCAUCUCUACCCUUUGUGAGAAUUUGGAUACGUUAGAUGAACCCGAAGCGCGUGCCUCUAUGAUAUGGAUCAUAGGUGAAUAUGCUGAGAGGAUUGAUAACGCUGAUGAAUUGCUGGAGAGUUUCGUCGAGGGAUUCCACGACGAAAAUACACAAGUAGGCGUUCUCCCUAUCCAGCAUUUAUUUGCCAUUCUUUCGAAAGUACAGCUUCAACUUCUCACCGCUGUUGUCAAAUUAUUCCUUAAAAGACCUACCGAUACUCAACAACUGGUUCAACGAGUCCUAUCUCUUGCUACGCAAGAUAGCGAUAAUCCUGAUUUGAGAGAUCGUGGAUACAUAUACUGGCGUCUCUUAUCCGCUGAUCCAGCUGCAGCCAAGCAAGUUGUUCUGGCAGAGAAACCUCUAAUUUCGGAAGAGACGGAUCUGUUGGAGCCAUCUCUUUUAGAUCAGUUAGUAUGUCACAUUGGCAGCCUUGCUUCCGUAUAUCACAAGCCUCCGUCAUCUUUCGUAGAUGGCGCACGACAACCACUGCGAGCCGGAACUGGUGUGACUAAUGGACAGUCUUCCAUCGACUCUGCCAGUGGCUCAAUGGUGGGAGCAAAUCGCCCACCUGCUCCCACAGUCAUUCCUUCUCAAGACACUCUUAUCGCCGAUCUUCUCUCUCUUGACAUUUCAACACCUAUUGGUGCUCAGAUGAAUACACUGCCAGGUAAAUUUUACAGAGUUUUGUAGAA